AUGUACAAAUCCAACAACGGACCACAACCUAUUUGUGUUCAACACCGCCACGACAUGUGCCAGUCAAACAUGUUGGAAAAUAGAUUUGAUUCUUCAAGAAGCUUGAUGGACGAAGCCCUAAGCUUACUCUACUACCUUGAAACGUCAGAGACAGCCCUCAAGAGUCUUUUAAACAACAAGAAAGGAACAAAUCUUGUGAAAACGUUGACCAAGAUUAUGCAACGUGGGAUAUACGAGUCAAGAGCCUAUGCCACUUUGCUUCUCAAGAAGAUCCUUGAAGUUGCGGAUCCAAUGCAGAUAAUAUUGCUGGAGCGGGAGCUUUUUGCUGAGGUCCUUCAGAUCUUGCAUGACCAGAUCUCUCACAAGGCCACGAGAUCAGCAAUGCAGAUAUUGGUGAUCAUAUGUCCAUGGGGAAGGAAUAGACACAAGGCCGUGGAAGCUGGAGUGAUCUCAAUGAUAAUCGAGCUUUUAAUGGAUGAGACUUUCUCAUCUGAGAGAAGAAAUUUAGAGAUGGCCAUGGUGGUUCUUGAUAUGUUAUGUCAGUGUGCAGAGGGGAGAUCUGAGUUCUUGAAUCACGGUGCGGCUAUUGCCCUUGUGUCUAAGAAGAUAUUGAGGGUCUCACAAAUAACUAGCGAAAGGGCGGUCAGGGUUUUGCUUUCGGUUGGGAGGUUCUGCGCAACACCGUCUUUGUUGCAGGAGAUGUUGCAACUUGGAGUUGUAGCUAAGCUGUGUUUGGUGCUUCAAGUUAGCUGCGGUAACAAGACUAAAGAAAAGGCAAAAGAAUUGCUUAAGCUUCACGCUAGGGUUUGGAGGGAAUCACCUUGUGUUCCAAGAAAUUUGUAUGAUUCGUAUCCUGCUUGAACAGCAAGAUAUAUAGAACCACAUAUAUGUUUGAUUAAUUCUCACCAGAUACAAACAAUUCCUUGGGAGUUCUUCUUCGUAUAAGUUCAUUUAAAAACAAAGAAAAGUGUUUUUUUUUUUGGUUCGAACUCAGAUCUUCAUUUGUUUUUGUUAUACCUGUCCAAUGUUCAUCAUCAUGUAGAUAAUAGUGAAUACUUUUCAUGAAAUUAUAAGAAAUUAACUGCAAAGACAUAAAUGGAUUCACAUGUUACAUGGC